GAAAUAUGAAAACCUGCGAUCUGAUCUUUUGUCAGCAGUCUAAAUCACUGGCUUUCAGAUAUUUAUGCAAAAUUUGGCUCAUUCCAAUACAAAAAAUGAAAAAGAAGUGACAAUGGUAAAUCUGUGAGAGUGCAGCUUUAAACCCACAGUACAUACAAGUGGCCAUUAUCAUGAGUGUGUGGUCUACGUUGCUACAUCUCCUGUUGCCAAAAUAUAUUACACAUCCUCUUUAUUAGCGCACCCAUAGCCGAAACUAAUUCAUCAAAUAACAGAUGAUUAAAUCAGGACCUUUUCAGCAAUGAAAUUAGAAACAAACAGUUUUAAAAAAUGGCUAUAAACAAUAUAUUUCUUGUAGCAUUCUUGUUAAUUACUUUUUAAUACAAUACAUUGUACUUAACCAAUCAGAAAGGUCCUACCCCAUUUCUCAGAGUGUUGGAGAAAUACACUGCAGAUUAACAAUGCUCUUUUAUUGCCAUAAGAAAUUUAGUUUAUUUAGGCAUUUACCAUUAACCAUAAAUUUGCAUUUUGUGUUUAAGUGAAAGAAAAUGAAAAAUGAUGGUUCCACGCUCUGUUCAAAGAAGUAAGAAGCCAGUCCCAUUGUCUACCAAAUAUUCAGAGAAAGACGGCUGUGAAAAAAGAGAAGUUUCAUCAGAUAUAAAAGUGACUGAGCCAGAGUCAUGUCAUAAGGAAACUGUUUCAAAUCUGUGUUCAAUCUCGGGUACAUGUAAAUUAAAUGUGACUCCGGUUGCUGAAAGUUCUGGAGAAAAAAUAGACAUCAGUCUUGAAAACAAUGAAAGUGAUGCCAGCAGAAGUGAUGCUGUAAUUAACAAUGAUUAUGGUGAAACGAUUCAGUCAAGUGGUAAUGCAGGUACCAAUAAUGUUACUCAAAUUGAAAACCAACUAAAUCUCUAUAAAGCAAUACAAAGUCAAAGUAAUGUUCCAUUUGUAAAUGUAGGUCCUCUUUCACAUAGUAAUCACGUGCCAGUAUAUCAGAGAUCCCCCAGUAGACCACAGAAGAUGGCAAGCAGUAAACCAACACCGGAGACCGUUUACUCUGGCCUGUCAUGGCAACCGAAUGGCUCAAAAAGGAAAAGAAAUAAUUCAGCACCAUAUGAUGAUUACCACGGACGUAGAUGGGAGUACACAGAGAUAGGUCACUAUUACUUGCAGAGGCCGGCUCAUCAAAGAGGCUUUGAGUUUACCAUAAUGAGUUACAACGUUCUUGCGCAAAACCUCCUCCAGGAUAACCGGCGUAUGUACAACUACUGCAGACAACAAUUUCUCGAGUGGGAAUUCCGUCGAGAGCGUUUAUUGGAGGAGUUACGCUUCCUACUGCCAGAUGUUAUUUGUCUGCAAGAAGUACAUGGAGAUCACUACGUAAAUUUCUUCACUCCGGAGUUACACAAACUUGGUUACCAAGGACAGUACAUAAAGCGUACUGGGGACAAGCAAGAAGGCUGUGCCACGUUCUAUAGGACCCAAAAAUUCACACUUCUUGAAGUCGUUCAUCUGCCAUAUCAACGGACCAGACAAGAGGUUCUCAACAGGGAGAAUGUGGCCUUAAUUGUGAAGCUGAAACCUCUGGGAAACUGUGUACCUCAGGACCGAACACUCGUAGUUGCUAACACACAUCUCCUGUUUAAUCCAAAACGUGGGGAUAUAAAACUUGCUCAAUUAAUUCUGCUUCUUGCUGAAGUUGACAAGUGUGCGCAUUUUGUUAAUAGUAAAGGCAAGAAUGAUUAUCAGGCCUUGGUUGUGUGUGGAGACUUCAAUUCCACACCUCAUAGUGAAAUAUACAAGUUUCUGCAGAUGGGAUUCCUUGAAUACCAGAAUCUGCGGAUUAAAGAUAUGUCAGGACAGGAGGAAGGUAUGAUGAAACCUGGAAAUCAAAGACUUGCUUCAGAUUUCUUCCCAAGGGAAAUGGGAAUCUCAGACAACUGCCAGUAUUGUGAUGUAGUCCAGAGGCGAAAUGCGAAUACACAAAAUGUAGAAACAUUACAGAGCACUCCGGUGCAAAGUUCAGGAUUCUUACAACAUGGUCUCAGGUUGCACUCAGCUUACGAUCAUUGGACCAAAAGAUGGGGAUACUUUUACCCAGAAAUCACGACCCAUCAUGGAAAUGCAGUGUGCACUGUUGACUACAUUUUCUAUGGUAUCCAAUCAGCGUUAGUGAGAUUUGCUCGAGGUGAGGUGCAGACCAGUAGCGUCAAGGAAAGCCAUCUGUUUUUGCUGGCCAAAUACGGCCUACUCACUGAAAGGGAAUUGAACAAUAUGGGAAGUCUUCCAAACAGGAACUUUGGUUCAGACCAUUUGGCACUUAUGUCAGAGUUUCUUCUUACGUGAAAGUUUCACUUUACAGGUCAACAACAAAACUGUCCAUUUCAUAGAGGUGCAGUUAAAAGGAACUAUUACUCUGGGUGCAGGAUAGUUUUAGUUACUGCCCUUUUUCAUACAUAUUUUUUUUUCGGAGCAUAACUCGGAAAAGUCUUUGAGGUAUUGACUUCAAAUUUAAUAUACAGAUGGAUGACAUUAAGGAGAAGUGCAGUGCACAAGGGCCAUAACUUAGUUAUUGCGCUUUGUUUAUGUUCAUUCAAUGGUAUUCUUUGUCGAAAGGCAAAGUUGUUAAUUUGGUGUGGGAUAUGGCAGUCUGUGGUUAUGUUAUGUGUGCUUCUUCAAAUGAGUAUUUCUGAGAGUGAGUUGUUAUUAUAUUUAUAUCUAAACAUAGAGCUAUAAUAGUCAUUGUAGGCAAAGAUUUUUAGAUUUUGCAAGUUAAAUUUUAAAUUUGUUUUGAAACACUCAAUCAAACUCUGGUAAAAGACCGAAGGCGAGGCUCUGUAAGCGGCAUAGACUGUGCUAUGUUUCAAUUAAAAUGGUCAAUAAAAAGUAAAGUUAUCUUUAGUUUUAAGUCUUCAUUUGAAGCAAAUUAUUGCCUUCAGACAUAGCAUAAUUAUAUGCCGUCAUUUAUCACAUGGUAAAGUCACACACUAUAUGUUGGAGUCCUCUUAUGAUUGGUCAUUUAUGGUUCAAACUUCUAUUACGGAAUCACUCUAAAACUGGAUACACAUCAACAUAUCUUGUAAAAAAAGUUUAACCAUAGACCUAUUGUUGGUUCUGAAAACCAAUGUAUUACACAUUUGGCCCAGCUGCUCGACGUUUAUCUGAAAUUGGAAUGAAAUCCUGACAGUUGUAACUAGGUAAUAAAGCAUUGAUACCGUUAUGAAUUUCUAGGUUGACUGCAACAACUACCAAAUGUGACCAUUGAGGUGAUAAGCACGGA